AUGGCAUUCCCUAGCCGAGCCGCCUUUUUGGCCGAAGGUCUCACCCCUGCUCCAACACUCGAAGGCAGCGUCGAUGUGCCCAACGAUGAGCCAGGCUCAGGAACCGGCUGCCCAAUCCACUGCGACGCCUUCAAAAAACCAGUGAUGACGGUCUGCAACGAGGUGCAUCUUCACUUUUUCUGCCGCAAAUGCAUUACCAAGUGGCUGGCCACGCACAACGACUGUCCCAAUUGUCGCUUUGUCUUUUUCCCUCCUGGUGAGGCCGACGCAGAAGAAGAAGAAGAAGAAGAAGAAGAUGAAGAUGAAGAUGAUGUUGAUGAUUACGGAGAAGGGGAGGAUAAUGAUGAAGAAGAGCAGGAAGACGACGACGGUGGCGCUGAGGAUGAUUACGUGGAUAAUCACCUACUCUUACUGCCACCUCGCAGACGGCAAGUCGCUUUGAUUCUCAACCGCAGCAUGGCCAAUAUUCGACCUGGUCAGAUCCUCCCAUCCUCGCCGCGCGUCUUGUUCAUCACGCCUCCGGGAGCUUCGCGCAACGUAUAUAUCGGGGCACUCCUUACCUCUCGCCUUUGCGAUGGAUUGAGGUUCUACAUGCGGCCACACUACCACCAGAGUGUCCGAGCCCGCAUGUAUGAAUUAUGGGACUUCAUCGGGCGAGAAUUCCGCGACUGGCUGUCGACGCAUCAUUUUCAAACGGUGGAGUUGUGGUGGAUGAGAGAACAGCUUGAUUCGCUGCUGAGGCGGUUGCCCGAACAUCGCUUUCCGAGCGUCGGUGUGUUGGAGUGGAUCCAGUUUCGACGAGACUCUAGGGGAUUGAUCAGGAUGCUGGGAGAUUGUGCCGAGGACCUGUGGGAGGUAGACGAGGUGAGAAGGGCGAUGCAUGCCAUAAUUGUGGGGGAGGAUCUGGAAGAGUACGAGUCGGAAGAUGUGGCAGAGAUGGACGUCUGA